AUGGUGCGGGCCAGGAGCGCAAGCAGCGACAGAGACAGUCGUCGAGCGUAUGGCGGCCCGCUGCGGCCACCGCCCGAGGUCAAUGUGGCCCGGGUGCUCGGGCAUGCCCAGGAGGUGGCUCUUGCGCCGGUGGCCGAUGCCUCCCUCCUGGCUGUCAUCCGCACCCGGUAUGGUCAUCUGCUCGCACGAGCACGGCGUGGCCUUGACGAGCUCCGCGAGUAUGUUGUUUCCGGCAAGGGCGAGGCUGCCCAUGCACUUGAUGACCCGCUGGUCAUGGUUGAGCUCGAGGAACGCCUGGUCGGCUACGAACGGACGCUGGCGUUCUUGGAGAGCAUCGCGCCGUCGCCUGUCGGCACUGAUGCGGCUGGCGCUCUGCCGCAUGGUGGCGGCGGCCGCCCGCGUGCGCCAUCGUCUGAUGGACUUGCUGUUCAUCCUGAGCUCGGUCCUGAUAUGCAGCUGCAGGCCGAGGCCGCCCGACAGCGCCAUGUCGCCGAGCAGAUCCUCCGCGACGAGCUGAUGCACUCGCCCAGCCGCGGUGAGCUGCCGCUGCCGCCGGCGACUGCGGCCUCGCCGCGGAGCCAGCUGCUAGGAAGUCACGACACGGGCGAUGGGGAUGACGGCAGCGGUCUACGUGAAGUUGCCUCCGCAUCCGCCGUGGCACAAAGCGACGACGACGACGAUGUCGACCUGGAACAGCUGCUCGAGGGCUCGCGCGGUGAGCAGGACGAUCAUUUGGCUGCAAUGCGCGAGAUGGCAGCAGAGAUGAAAGCGCAGUCACUGGCGACGCGCUCGGCCAUCCGCGCUGACCUCCAACGGCUCGAGAACGUCGACACCCAGGUCGAUGCUGCCCUGGCCGCGACCGAUAAGCUCAACGCGCGCGUGAGCUCGAUCACCUCGAGCUUGUUAUCGUGCUCGUCGAUGACUUGCGUCAUGGUUCUCUUUGUGGUAGCCGCGUUUAUGGGCGUCUUUUGGGUUGUUAAGCUCUUCCCCAAAUGAACACCUUGUCGG